AUGCGUAAGCUCCACGCCAAGUCCAGACUGGGCUGCAAAGUAUGCAAGGUACGCCGGGUCAAGUGCGACGAGACCCGACCUUCAUGCAAGCGAUGCUCGCAAACCGGGCGAACGUGCUCCUUUCUCGCUGACGUCCCCGUACUCCCUCCAUCGAUUCCAUCUCCGCCAAACUCCUCCAGCACCGAGUCAGUCCCCAGCGCCACCCCAUCAGUGGUGCUCGAGCCCUUGCCAAAUGUCAGAGGCCCAGGGAGCGCCCACUACAAACCUGCCCAUAGCUCGCUGGAAGAGCGGUAUGGCUCGCUACAUUUGCGUCUUCUUUACCUUUUUGAGCACCAGCCUUCCGAACACAUGAGAUUAACACACCCGGGCCUGGAUGACUUGCUGCAAAUGAUGAUCAAGGAGGCGUUCAGGACACCCUACGUCAUGGACCAAGUACUGGCCUACAGCGCGGCCCUUGAGAGCGUGCGUGAUCAAAAUGAUAGAGAGGCUCAGAAGUUAUAUGCCAUUGAAGCCACCAGGCUCCAGACGCGGGCGCUGACCUUGUACAACAAUGCCAAUCCCCAGGCCUCGGCGGACACGUGCCUCCCAAUGUUCAUAUUUACCUCCCUGUUGGCUCACCACACUCUCUUUGACGUCCUCAGCGAUUCCAAGAAGGACCUGGGUGCUGUCAUUAACGGACUGGCUCGUUCUAUACCCGUUCACCGCGGGCUCAUGGCCGUUGCAGCAGCCUGUUGGUCGAUGUUUUCUCCAGAGCUUCAGAAGCAGUUUCUUCAGACUUGUCUGCGCGAGCCUUUAGAUAUAAACAUCACCUCGGAUGACGAGUGCGAUAGCCUCAAGACUCGCCUCAAAAAUAGCGACUUGAGCGUCUCCUCUAUCACAAUACAUCUUGAAGCCGUCGAGCUAUUACAAGGCCUGUUCGACAAUGAGCGCAACGCAGCAUCUCUUAAGCAAGGCAACUUGGCACCUCUGCAAGACUGGUUGGUAGGAGUGUCACCUGAGUUUGUAUCAUGCAUCCAGCAGAGACGACCCGAGUCGCUUAUCAUUCUCGCCUUCUACGGUGUUAUGCUCCAUCGUGCCUCUGAUUACUGGUUCGUGGGAGAUCUGGGGAAACGACUCAUCCAUCUCAUAAAUGGCCAGCUUGGUCCAGCCUGGGAGGAUUGGCUCGCAUGGCCAAAUGGAAUGGUGGAAUAUAACAAGGAGGCCGGAGAGUACGCUUAG